CGUCAUCGCGGGCGCGACGCCCCGAGGGACAGUCAGGGGUCUGGCGGUCGGGAGGUGCGGCUGCAAGACCGCUGGGGAAGAUGCCAGUGGCGGUGAUGGCGGAAGGCGCCUUCAGUUUCAAAAAGUUGCUGGAUCAGUGCGAGAACCAAGAGCUCGAGGCCCCUGGAGGAAUUGCUACACCUCCAGUGUAUGGUCAGCUUCUAGCUUUAUAUUUGCUUCAUAAUGACAUGAAUAAUGCAAGAUAUCUUUGGAAAAGGAUACCGCCUGCUAUAAAAUCUGCAAAUUCUGAACUUGGGGGAAUUUGGUCAGUAGGACAGAGAAUCUGGCAGCGAGAUUUCCCUGGGAUCUAUAUGACCAUCAGCGCUCACCAGUGGUCUGAGACAGUGCAGCCAAUCAUGGACGCACUUAGAGAUGCCACAAGGAGACGCGCCUUCGCCCUGGUCUCUCAAGCAUACACCUCAAUAAUCGCUGAUGAUUUUGCAGCCUUCGUUGGACUUCCUGUAGAAGAGGCUGUGAAAGGUAUACUAGAACAAGGAUGGCAAGCCGACUCCACCACCAGAAUGGUUCUGCCCAGAAAGCCAGUUGCAGGGUCCCUGGAUGUUUCCUUUAACAGGUUUAUUCCUUUAUCAGAGCCUGCCCCAGUUCCACCAAUCCCCAAUGAACAGCAGUUAGCCAGACUGACUGAUUACGUGGCUUUUCUUGAAAAUUGAUGUACCUUUCUGAAUUCAGCGUCCACUUCAGAAUCCUGUUCACUGACAAAUACAGAAAUGUAAAAUUUUUAUUUUCAAUUUACUGGAUGGAUUAUAAGCACCUCAGCAUUCCUGAGUAUGUGAUAAAAUACAUAUAUAAUAUAAAAAUAUUAUAUAUAUUUUGUCCUUAAACAUUAUGCUAAAUAGUUGUUAAAGCAAUUCUCAUUUUGUGAUAUUUAACAGUCUGGUUGGAGCCCAUCAGUAUUACAUGGUUAGCUUAUGUUUCCUGGAGGUUUGUAACUCAAGCCCGCUGCUUGGGGUGGAGCAGAGUGGUCAGCCGCCUUCCCUGGCGCACACCUCCGCCUGCACCAGUGGUAGAGAGCUGCAGGGAUGCCUGGGCUGCAGCAGGAUCGGCCCGGGCAGCGCCUGAAUGCCGGGGUUGUGAUUCACCCUCUGGAGAAAAUGUUCUCUUCUCUCCCCACCUCUGGAGAAUCACUAAAGGUACAGAAAUACAGCUAAGGAGCAAAGAGGCCAUUUUCUGAGUAGAUCUGUUUGUUAGCGUUAGUUUCUUCCCAGUAGCGUGAGUACAUUCAUUGCUGGAGUGGAGGGCUUACCGUGCCAUGUGGCGCUUUCAGAGGGGAUGGGGAGGUGCACAGUGCUCGCACGGCAAGGAAGUGUGACGAGAUGCACUUGGUCCAACCUUGCGUCCACUCGGUCGCCCGCACUUACCCUGAGGUUCCAGCUCUGCCUUUUGAAGAAGUGCUGAACAAGUCUUCAUUCUUUAUGUGACAGCCCGCCACAUAUUUGAAGUUGUUUAUUUGAUCCUUGGGUUAAAAUACCCUUUAGUUCAUUUAUUCUGCGUUUGUUCAAUAAAUAUUUAAUUGAAUUCUAAAACUGUUUGA